AUGGCGCCCUCCGGCGAGUUCCUGCCAAGAUGGUCCGCAGACCCCCCCUUUCCGUACAACGUGGCAGUUUCCGUAGCACGUGUAUCCGAUAUGGCGGCGCCUAUUUUUCUUCAAAUCAACAUGGCGGCUCCCACUCCAAAAAUGACGGGUCACGUCAGCAAUAUGGCAGAUGCUACGUUUCCCAUUCUGAACAUGGCGCCGCCUAUUGGGCGCUCCCAUUUCCAACAUGGCGGCGCCUAUAUCCUCCCUGCCGUACUGAAUUUCGCCCCUAGGCCUGAGGCUGGGCAGGGACUCGCCCCCAGCUCAGCCGGCUACGGGCCCCUCCGGGAUCUGCCUGACUGGUCCUUUGUAGAUGGGCGUCCUGCCCCCCCAUGGAAGGGUCAGACGCGGCGGCGACAGGAAGAUGAGGCCUUUGCGCGGCGCGUGGCCAUGCUGCACCGGGAGAUGGAGCAGGGCCUGCAGCGCUGGCAGAUCCAGCAGCGCCAGCAGCAGGAGGCCAAGGAGAGCAAGAGACAGAGCCAGCUGCAGCCCAAGGGGGCCGCCCUGCGUCGGGGGAGCAGCCCCCAAUAAACCCCUGCGCCCCCAGCAACC